CAGCCUAGCGCAGCGCACUUCACAACAGCCAGCUGACACCCACCAGUUAGCCACAGUGGACAGCGUUUCGCUUCUGUUUUCGGCAAUAAAUGAACAGUCGUACUUACGUGUACAUCCUAUGGGUGAGGCAUAAUUAAGAGUAAUUCAUAAAAGUAUGGCGGCUGUACUUAAAAGCUCCUCGUUUGUGUAGCUAGUCAGCUAGCUAAAGUUGAUAGCACGGGAUAGCAUCAACGCUAGCUAGCUAAGUUACAGCGGAUUCUUACAAGCUGGCAUCAAACGGCGUCAACGUCAACCAUGGGGAUACUUUUUACGAAGCUAUGGAGGCUUUUUAAUCAUCAAGAGCACAAAGUCAUCAUUGUGGGGCUGGACAAUGCUGGCAAGACCACGAUUCUUUACCAGUUUUCAAUGAAUGAGGUGGUGCACACCUCUCCUACUAUUGGGAGCAACGUGGAGGAGAUUGUGGUCAACAACACCCACUUCCUGAUGUGGGACAUCGGGGGCCAGGAGUCAUUAAGGUCAUCAUGGAAUACAUACUACACAAACACAGAGUUUGUAAUCGUGGUGGUGGACAGCACAGACAGAGAAAGAAUCUCAGUGACCAAAGAAGAACUCUACAGAAUGCUCGCACAUGAAGAUUUGAGAAAGGCGGGGCUGUUGAUCUUCGCCAACAAGCAGGAUGUGAAAGGCUGCAUGUCUGUAGCUGAGAUCUCUCAGAGCCUCCAGCUUACCUCUGUGAAAGACCACCAGUGGCACAUUCAGGCCUGCUGCGCCCUCACCGGGGAGGGGUUGUGCCAGGGUCUCGAGUGGAUGAUGUCACGGCUGCGCGUGAGAUGAUGACCUUUGACCCUCGACAGGGAAGCGCCGCCCUUUGCGCUCUGUUCUCUCUGCCUCCAGAAAACGAGCUUGAAAUGAGGACGGCGGUUUUGGUGGUGGUGGUGGGGGCAAGGGGGGGGGGGGGGGGGAGUGGUGAGUGAGGUCGUUUGAUGGAUGGCCGCGUCCUCUUUCCUGCCGAAGCUGAUGCGGGCAGAACGCUGCCGGGACGUUCCUAUUCUUCAGUGAUAAUUUAUUUUACAAAAAAGACUGAACUCGGAACACGCCCCGGAAAAAAAACAAAAAACAUGUGACCUUUUUCAGAAGGACAUUGGACGACAAAAGAGACUCAAAUUAUUUAAAAUGAAUUUUUCUGCACGGUUUUUUCCUUUCAGCGUAAGACGGAGGGGUCAGCAAAGUGUCUGAACUGCACCUGGACUUCUUCUUCAGCUGUGUGUGCAUCUAGCCCACCGUGGCCUUGCAGUAUUGCCGGACUGGCUGUGGCAGUUUUUAUUGCCCCCCCCCUCCCCCUCCCCCAUAUGUGUACAGUCCAGUAUUCUCUUUUAACGUGGUGCCUGCAGCAGAAUGUUCAAGAAAUGAUGGUUGAUGGUGACUGAAACAUGCAGAAAGGAGGGUAAAAUCACAAUACGCCCUCUUCCUUUCAGUCCCUAUGAAUAAUCAGUGAAAUAAAGUGUUUU